AUGGAUGUGCGGCUCCUCAGAGGAUAUUGCAAGAAUGGGGCCACCUGGGAUGGAAAGCAAUGCGUCUGUCCACAAGGCUUCUUUGGUCAUCAGCGCCAGUCCCUCUUGGACUUCAUCACCAUAGAAACCCCAGAAAAAAUCAAUGCCACUGUAGGUGUGACCAUGAAAAUGACUCAGAGGAAUUUCCCAAAAGACCUGGAAGACUCAUCCUCCAAGGCAUACCAGGAUUUUAUGGAACUCUUCAGAGCUCAGUUGUCUUGUUUCUUCCAGAUGGAUGAAACUUACAAGGCCCUUCUUGCUUAUUGGGGUGUGACUAUGAGGAAACUGCUCAAUGGCAGUGUCAUGGUGGAACACGAUGCCAUCCUCGAGACCAACUACACUUUAGAUUUUCAGAACGUAUUUAAAGACCUCAUUAAGACUGUAAAGGCCAAGAUUGUUAAUAAAACCAAAGAGUUGUUAGAAGAUCCUGAGAAGUGUCAAAGCAUCUCAGUUGUGUGCUACAGUGAAGAUACCAUGGCUGUGACUGAGACUGCAAAGCUAAACUUUGACCCCCCCCCCCAGAGUAAACAGCAUAUAGAACAGUGCGAGAGGAAUGCCGCAAAGGACUUUGCCCAGUUCUACUAUGUGGAUGAGUUGGACAAGAAGUUGCUAUGUGUGACCAAGUGCAGUCCAGGGACAAAGACACAACUGAACUGUCACCAGGGAGUCUGCCAGGUGCAGCACAGUGGCCUCCCUUGCCUCCUGGUGGAUGGGAGCGUGGGGGCUGUGGUAGCAGUGCUGGUGGUCCUAGUGGUUGUUCUGACUGUCUUCCUGUUCCAGGCCUGCAGCCAGCUGCCUACUAAAGCCAUGACUUCUGACCUGUUUGAGUCCCCUCCGGUUGCUUCCUCUGUCUCUGGGCCACACUGGUCAGCUCUCCAGGUCUGCUCCGAGCAGUCAGAUAAGGUGCUGAAGGAGGACAGAUGUGGUCUUGAAUCUACCUACAGCCACUUCCGACCCUCCCUGGAGAACUUGGAAACUAUCGCAGAGGUGACUCAGGGCUCACCCUCGGCCCAUUUCUGCCUGGUGUCUCAGCGGCAGACCAGCCUCAUCCAGACCUCAGGUUACAGUGGAGUGAGAGUCCCAGAGAACCAGGAAUGA